UGAUUCAGUCAACUUCCUGUUUAUCACUUGUUUUGUGCAACUCGGACCGCUGGACUGUCCUGUUGGACCUGUCGGUCACAUUAACUGCUGCCGCGUUCAUUUCUUCUGAGAACUAUUUAACCUGGUCCUGUUCGUCGUCAUGGUGAUGUUCCACUGAGCGGGCCUGGGAGGAUCCUGGAGAUUUCCUGAUUUCAAGUUCGGAGAGGAGCCCAGAAGGAACAGUAACGCGUUUUCCACAGGAAUAGAAACCAGACCGAAAACAUCAGCAUCGAUGUGCUGAACUGGCUUCACCGAAACCCUGCUAGCUCUGUAGCUGCGUAGCUAACCCCGGGGCCAGCGGCAGGUCGCCGCCUGCGGCCCGACAGCGGCUCGUGUCUUCCUGGGGUGGAGCUGCUCACCGCUGCCGUGAAUUCAGGACGACCGCCCGGCUCUGGCCCCCCCAAGCGGGCAGUCAGGAAGAAGCUCGCCGGGAAGGGAUGGCCUGGUCGGUCUUCCCGUUCCAAAGGACAGGGCUCUGCGGUCUUUGAAGGGGGACGAGUGCGGCUGGAGGCGACCACCGCGGUUCGAGACGCCAUGAUGGCCGCCUCCCCCUCCGCGGCCGGCGGAUUUACGGUUUCCGGUCUGUCGGUGAGAAAGAGCGAGCAGAUUGCGGAUCUGAUCGAUCUGUUCUCCAAGACACAGUAUCGAGCAAAGGAAGUCAGUCCUCGGGUGGAGGCGAUAGAGAAGCGAUGUCUGGAACUGUUUGAUAGAGACUACAAGUACAGCAUCAUCUCUAAUUACAGCGGAGAGGUCUGCGGCCACUACCCCCGUCAGAUCGUUUUCCUGGAGUACGAGUCUACAGAGGUGGACAGAGACAGAGACAGGUUUGAGAGCACGGUGCAGAUCAGCAAGCUGCAGGACCUGGUGAGCAGAAGUAAAAUGGCUCGCUGCAGAGGGAGGUUCGUCUGCCCCGUCAUCCUUUACAACGGCAAGCACAUUUGCCGCUCAGCCACCCUGGCAGGUUGGGGGGAGCUGUAUGGGCGGACGGGCUACAACUACAUCUUCUCAGGGGGCAGCGACGACACCUGGACCGAGCCAGAGGAGGUUCCCGAGGACGACCCAGCAGUCAGGAACGGCGAGUCCCAGCUCUUCGACAAAGUUCGAGGUCACGACAUCAAGCUGCUCCGCUACCUCUCGGUUCGCUACAUCUGUGACCUCAUGGUGGAGAACAAGAAGGUCAAGUUCGGCCUGAAUGUGACGUCCUCUGAGAAGGUGGACAAGGCGCAGCGCUACGCCGACUUCACCCUGCUCUCCGUGCCUUACCCAGGCUGCGAGUUUUUCAAGGACUACAAAGACAGAGACUACACGGCGGAGGGCCUGGUGUUCAACUGGAAUCAGGACUUCGUGGACGCUCCCCUGACCAUCCCCGCGCGCUUCUCUCAGAACCUGAACAUCGACUGGACUCGGUACCAGUCGUGGGACCUGGUGGAGCAGACCCAGAACUACCUGAAGCUGCUCCUCCACAUCAUCAACAGCGAUGAUGACAGCGGGCUGCUGGUGCACUGCAUAUCAGGCUGGGACCGAACACCGCUGUUUGUUUCCCUCCUCAGACUCUCCCUGUGGGCAGACGGCGCCGUGCACGCCAACCUGGAGCCUGCUGAGAUCCUCUACCUGACCAUUGCUUAUGACUGGUUUCUCUUCGGUCACAUGCUGCCAGAUCGACUCUCCAAAGGGGAAGAGAUUUUCUUUUUUUGCUUCAAUUUUUUGAAGCACAUCGUCUCAGAGAAGUUCUCUGCUGUCAGGAAACAGAGGAGGAAAAACUCCCACUUCAAAGACAGUGACUUCACUGUGGAGGACCUCUGCCGGCUGAGGUCCAGGGACCGCGGCAGCAUCACCAGUCUGAGCAGCGACUUCUCCCUCAUCACCGAAGAGCUGGCUGGAGCCUCCUGUCCCAACGCUGACCCUGUGGACCUGUUCUCCGGCCAGCCCCAGGCCUCCAGCGGGAGGAAAGCACCUGCCUCCUCUCCUCCGAUGGUGUCCUGGUGUAAACAGAACCCUCUGGAUGAGACUCUCUCCCAUCCAGCCAACGAGGCCAAGUCUUCCAGCUCGUCCUCCUCCAACCAAUCAGACCAUGGCAUCACACGCUCCGGCAGCAGCCCGUUGGCUGUCCCCACAAGAGGGUUAGCAGCAGAGUUCUCCAGAUCAGGCUCCUCCCUGUCCACAGAGUACGGAAGCUGGCAGAUAGUUUCCGGUUGUGGCAGCAUCCACGACCACGGCCACAUUUCUCAGCCGAUGGCCUCAGUUUCCUCCAACUCGUCUGCUGUCACCUCUGCCUACGAUUCCCCACUGCCCUUCAGCUUCCAGGACGAAGGGCCCAGUGGGCGGAUGUGCUCGCUGCCGUCGGAGCGCCAGGCCCGCCUGGAGGCGGUUCGAGAGAUCUUCCUGGCCGCCUACAGCUCCACCGUGGGCCUCAGGUCCUCGGCCCCCAGCCCUUCCGGCGCCAUCUCCGGCCUGCUGGAGCAGUUUGCCCGCGGGGUCGGCCUCCGUGGCAGCAACGCCAUCGUUUGAACUCUUCCUCUGUGACUCCAUCUCCCAACCCCUUGGAGCUUCCGUGUUUCACUCCAUCCUGGGGCCAGAUGCAUAAAACAGUUUCAUGAUCAAAACGGUUGUGUUCACACAGAUCAAGAAAACGUGUUCAUGCACUGUUGUCACUCAUAAACCACAAGUUUCCCGAAACUGCACACAAAUCUAUGAUUCCAUUUUUCUUUUUAAAGCAGAAUUUGCUCUGCAGGAGCAAACGAGAUGCACAACAACACAACGUGACACUUCUCAGUGGUUCCUGUUUUCCCCUGUGUUUUGCCUUGUGAACAAGCUCAAAUUGGAGAAUGACGCACAGCGUUGACCAGAGGUUGAGCUCCACAGUAAACCAGACCGCCAUGUAGAAGAACUGACUGUGUUGCUGUAAGGUGGCAGAAAGCAUCUUUAGAACUGAUCGUGGUCUAAAUGAAGCUUCACUUCUCCAGUCGGAUGUUUUAACGGUGAUGGAGAAUUAUCAGCUGCUCUAUCACCACUGGCACGUUCAUCCCUUCCCAGUCUGCUGCCGCCUUCACUCCAGCAGUUUGGUAACCAAUAGCAACGAUCCCCGUCCAGGAGCAGCCAGAGGUUUUUGCAUGUUCGUGUGAAACACAAAAGGGCACCGUCGGUCUCAAACGGUGUCCGCGUCCGAUGAUGGCGUGAAAACAUUGUUAUGCAUCUGGCCUCAAUGACGUGCCAACCAGCUCUGCUCAGGUAAUGCGCCCACAUUGUAUUUUCAUCCUGGAGACGUUCUCGCAUUCAGGGAGAGGAUUAGCUUCCUCCAGGCUGACUGACUAAAAGGGACGGUGGAAAUGGAGACGAGCCUUUAAUCCCCCCAAAUCCCCACCCCAGUACUAAGAUUUCUGUCAGCAGAAUGGAUUUACUUUUCUUCCUUGCUGCUGUUGUUUCCAAAGCCAGUCCAGAGGGAAGAACUGUACUUCAGGUGGUUAGUGUAGAGAACAGCACUUCGUCUUCUGCUAGCUAACUCACAGAGUUCUUUGUCCCUCUUAUUUGCUGCAUUAGCUCACUGAUUUGCCAGAUUUGAACACAGCUGUGUUCUGCCUUCGUCGAAAAGAUGAAGGUACCCACCAUUAAAUUCAACGUCAUCUGCAUUGGCAGACCUGGCUAGAAAAAUUACCACUUUAUGGGGAGAAUAUUAGCUCAUCCAGAGUUAAAAGAACUUCAGCAGGUAGAGGAAAGUGUGUUGGGAUCAUACAGAGUUUUGUUCAGCGCUCCUGAAUUAAAUCUUCAACAUGAUCUGAAGAGAAGCGUAACGUGACAUGAGACUGCAGCCUCAUCUCACGUCUCUCUUUUGCUUCAAUAAGUUUGCAUUUCUUGGCAGAAUCGGCCUCGUCCAACAUGUUCUGUGUACAGUUGAAACACCGUCGUCCAAGUAGAAACCACUCUUAUGUCAGCCAAUCAGUGAUCCUGCUAGAAAAAUUGUAAGACUUUUUUUCAAUCUCUUGUGCUUGAGGAAAGACCCUGGGUCAGUUCGCCCCAUUUCUAGUCGUAAGCGGUUAGAGACGGAUGUCUACCGAAACCGAGUCACUGACGCUGGUUUUGCUGGUUUAGCAUCGUCGUGUUGUGGAUGUGCUUUGUAAACCUUGUGACAGAACUUGUCUGAAGUGUAGAAACCUUGAACUCCAUCACUGGAUGGAGCCAAACGGGUUCAUGUUUUUGGGUUUGCAAGAGGGAUUUCUCACCGGUCCCUCUGCUCUUUGGGAUGACACAACAUGCACCCCUAUGUGUCCAUCGGGUCUAACAUUGCGCGACUGUCUGCCAUUUGUACUCCCACAAUGGUGGGGAAAUUCCACAAUGUGACCACCGGCCUCCGACCCAGGAAUGCUGUUAUCUGCGUCUAGGAGGGAUCCUCUGAAUCUGGUGAUGGUCAUUGUUUUUGACUCGCUGCCUGGCGCUGCAGCAGCUCCCUGUAACUCUGUUACCCUCUUCAAUACGCCAACACAUCUGCCUUUCAUGUGCAGAUUAAAUCACUUGACGUCUGCAUUUGUACCAAAUUAUGUCCAAACUGAACUGUUAAAACAACCUUGUUUGCCAUUGUGUUUAGCUUUGACAUCUCGUGUGCAAUUUUGCACCCAUGUUCAAUGACCUUCAACCUUUUCUUUUUUGGAUGUCUUUCAUCUGGUACAGCCAGGAUGAACUUAUCUAAAAACAUCAAGCCAACACCAGUUUUGUCCUAUACCUGUUCUCUGUGAUGUUUUCUUUGGUCUGUAGUUGACUUUCUCACUAAAAUCAGUUUGAUUAGAUGUGUGAAGGGACUGUUCCCUGGUGGCCUUAUCGAAAUCUUAAUAAAGUGCUAAUCAUGCUGGCCUCUAGUCAGCUACAUACAUAUCUUCUUGAGUCUAGAUUAUUGUUGACUGGCAGUCUGGAGAAUUUCAUCUCGAAUCCAAAGGCUUUCUCAAUGUGGGUUGUUUGGGCUCCCAGAAUGUUCUCAACACUGUGCCUUUAAGGUCACGCUCACCAGACUGUAUUUUUGGACUUUAAUUAAAGUUUUUAACCCUUCUUCCAUGUUUUAUCUGAUUAAUGUGUUGCUCAACGUUGCCACAGUGUGAAUGGCUGGUAUACCUCAGGACCUUUUGGUUGUGCCUUCUUUGUAACCUCAGCAACGUUUCCAUCCCAUCGUUGCUCCUUUAGAUAAGACAGGCAUUCUUUCAUAGCCAGCCUUGUUAGCUUGCGUUACUCUGUGUUGAGUCUUCCAGCCGACCCAGAGGACACGGGAAGAGGUCCUCUCAGUUUGGCCUUUGAGAUCAAUUUGGCAGAGUAAUGCUUAUUUGAUGAAAAAAUUUGAGCUAGAUAAUUAAACAACCUUGGUUCGUUCAGUGAUGAAAACACUGACCCGUGUUCCUGUCUGGAAUCUGCUGCGAGUCUGUGUUUCUAUAUUCUGUCAGAUGUUUGAUGAAUCAGUUCAGUAGUCUGGUAAAGCUGUUUGUUUUCAAAGUAAAUCUUAAACAGAGCAAUCAGUGAUCAGGUGGAUCGAAUGAAUGUCUCAAAGUCAGAUGAGCCGUCUCCUUGUUUCCCUGCUGGGGUCCAGUGCUGCUCAUCCUCAUUCCUACCAUUUCUGUCUUUUGUGGCCUCACUUUCAGGUCCUGGAAGUGAGGCCUAUCACAGAACACCUGCUGAAACCCAAAUAUUCAGAAAUAACGUUUUAAUCUCAGCUGUCAACAGAAGCCCUCGAUUUACCGGUUGGUGUACGUUACUAUCCCCAUCGGUGGUCACGACCUCUGGGCAGUGACCAAAAGAAUGAAAUCAUGGAUACCAACAGCCUAAAUGAGUUUCCUCCUCGGGGUGUUUGGUCUUCUGAGGAGUGUCUAGGGCAGGGGUGGGCAACUCAAGGCCUUGAGGGCCAACGUCCUGCAACUUCUAGAUGUGAAUCUACUUCAACACACUUGAGUCAAAUAAUGAGGUCAUUAGCAGGACUCUGGAGAACUUGACUGCACUUGGGAGGUGAUUCAGCUAUUUGAUUGAAUUGAUUUGAUCCCUGGACCAGGGAGACAUGUAAGAGUUGCAGGACACCGGCCCUCGAGGACCAGGAUUGCCCACUCCUGGUCUAGAGUCUGGAUAAGAAGUUUUGUCAUUGGGCAGUGACUCAAUAGAUAAAUAAUAGAUAAUAAUAAUAAUAGAUAGCUCCUCCACGUCAAAGUGGCUCGGACAUCUGGUUAGGUCCUGUCUGGGUGUGGAGGAGUCCUAAUCUGGGGGAGUUAGGGCACCUCCUUAUCUGGACGAGUCCUGAUUAGGAGGACGCCUCCUGGUGAGGUGUUCCAGGCCCAUCCCACCAGGAGAGCCAGAGGAAGAUCCACGACACUUUGGAGGGAUGAUGUUCCUCUGCUGACCUGGGAGGCAAGUCUGGGUCCAUCUGCUUAGGCUGCUGCCCUUGUGAUUCUAAUCCAGAUUAAGCAAGAGCUGAUGAAUGAAUCUCAACUGUUGUCUGCUUCAAAUCAUCUUGUCAUUUAUCAAUUGUUGGGUUCGUCUUCCCAAAUUGGUCACAUAAUUGUUUUAGAAUUAAUUUAGAGGGUUGAUUGAAAUGCUGCACUGCACUUGUUCUUUUUUGUUCUCUGUAAGGAAGUGUUUUGUUUCAUUGUACAGAUGGUGCAUUUUAAGAGUUUUUCUUUAGGUUGUAUAUUGCUUGUAAUUGUUGCCAGGUGACAGACUGUGAUGAAAGCUGCGUAUUCUCAAUAAAGAAACCAGACAAAAGUG